AGCUGGGGCAGCCGGGCGGUGAGUCCCCGCGCCGUGACCGCGCCCACCCCGCCGCCCAGGGCCCCGGCCGGGCCCCGCCCGCCCUGUCCUGCCCGGGAUCGCCGUGCCCUCCUGCGGCUCCGGGGGGCGGGAAGCUCGGUAGCGCGGCGGGCAAGGCAGGCGCCAUGACCCUGAUUGAAGGGGUGGGUGAUGAGGUGACCGUCCUUUUCUCGGUGCUUGCCUGCCUUCUGGUGCUGGCCCUCGCCUGGGUCUCAACGCACACCGCUGAGGGCGGGGACCCACUGCCCCAGCCGUCAGGGACCCCAACGCCAUCCCAGCCCAGCGCAGCCAUGGCAGCUACCGACAGCAUGAGAGCGGAGGUCCCAGGGGCAGAGACCCCCAGCCUGAGACACAGAGGUCAAGCUGCACAGCCAGAGCCCAGCACGGGGGUCACAGCAACACCACCAGCCCCGGACUCCCCGCAGGAGCCCCUCGUGCUACGGCUGAAAUUCCUCAAUGAUUCAGAGCAGGUGGCCAGGGCCUGGCCCCACGACACCAUUGGCUCCUUGAAAAGGACCCAGUUUCCUGGCCGGGAACAGCAGGUGCGACUCAUCUACCAAGGGCAGCUGCUAGGCGACGACACCCAGACCCUGGGCAGCCUUCACCUCCCUCCCAACUGCGUUCUCCACUGCCACGUGUCCACGAGGGUCGGCCCCCCAAAUCCCCCCUGCCCGCCGGGGUCCGAGCCCGGCCCCUCCGGGCUGGAAAUCGGCAGCCUGCUGCUGCCCCUGCUGCUCCUGCUGCUGCUGCUGCUGUGGUACUGCCAGAUCCAGUACCGGCCCUUCUUUCCCCUGACCGCCACUCUGGGCCUGGCCGGCUUCACCCUGCUCCUCAGUCUCCUGGCCUUUGCCAUGUACCGCCCGUAGUGCCUCCGCGGGCGUUUGGCAGCGUCGCCGGCCCCUCUGGACCUUGCUCCCCGCGCCGCAGCGGGAGCUGCUGCCUGCCCAGGCCCGUCUCUCCGGCCUGCCUCUUCCCGCUGCCCUGGAGCCCAGCCCUGCGCCGCAGAAGACUCCAGGGGCUGGCAGAGGCCCCGCCCUGCGACCACCGGGGCUCGGGGCCACCUCCCGGGGCUGCUGGCCCUCAGUCCGUACUGGGAGUGGGCUCCUCGGGGUCGGGCAUCUGCUGUCGCUGCCUCGGCCCCGGGCAGAGCCCGGCCGUCCCCGGGGCCCGUCUUAGCGUUCUGCCGGAGGACCCAGCCGCCUCCAAUCCCUGACAGCUCCCUGGGCUGAGUUGGGGACGCCAGGACGGUGGGAGGCAGGUGAAGGGGAGGGGCAUAGGAGUUCCCCGGAACCUGUGCAGAUUAAAGUAACUGUGAAGUUUUCA